UUGGAUUUGUUGGUAUACCUCUUGUUGGCAUAGGAAAUAGGAAAGGAUAGGAAAGGUCUCUGAAGCCCAUGCCAAAAUCAGUUGAGCGCUAUUUUUUGCAGGCUAUGUUAGGCGAAAUCGCCUAUGAUCUGUUGCUUUUGGCUCCAGCGCACAUCAGAGUUCGCCAGCAAUUCUAGAAUCUUGUUUGCUUGAAAACUCAUGAAGUUUGCCUUGGCAAUGAUGCUCACAGCCUGUGCCGCACUGCGGGACUUGAAGGGUGAGGGUGAAAUGGUUUCGGCGAAGUCGGAGGCGAAGAUGCCCAAAGUCACCGAUCCUCCCAGUGGCACCGGGGGCACUUGGCCUUGUGUCGACCAGCCGGAAUACAGGGAGAUUUUGGAUGGGCUGUAUCCAUUGGUGAAGAAUUGCCUCUACGGCAUUGCAACCAACUCGGCAAGGUGCAUGAAAGCUGCCUUCACAGAAGCUCAUGGGCCAGAGAAGAUUGCUGAUGUAAACAUUUUCUAUGGGCACAUCGGAGACGCCGACGUGGGGUAUGCAGGGCAUGAAGACUGCAAAUUAACACUUGGGUGGGAAGUGCAAGAUCGCGACGAUAAGAAGUGGAAGGCGCUGAACAUCGAUUUCUUGGUCUACAAGAAGUGAAGAGUUUUGGUUGUUGCUGAGACCAGUUUACUUUGUUUCAUCUGCGAUGAAAGCGCUGAUGGCGAAAAAGAGCUGAGUAAAUUGUACAUAUUAUCACUAUUCUAUCGUUGGUUCUGUUUUUUCACAAUAACAUAUUGUAUAAGGAUUGGACAGUUGGGAACAGGAAAGGGUUUGUUGCCAACCCUUUGUUUCGUGGCCUUCCGUGACUGUUGAGUGGGUAGAAUUUGUUUAUCCGCGUGAAACGCGAGUGGCCAAACCAGGAAGGUCUCUUCUGCGCGCUCCUCGGGGUGCCAUUUUUC